AUGGAAAUUCCUAAAGCGGAACUAGCAGAUCAACAAUGUAGCGAUUCAGAGAAAAGCGAUCAGACUUCCUUCACCCAAGAUUAUGAAAAAUACAAAGAAAAGAAAAAAAGAAAGGAUAGAAAAAGAAAAGAAGAAAGAAAAGAACGUGAACAAGAAAAAACUUUCUUUAAAGAUAUGGAAAAAAAAGAUGAAAAAAUGUAUACUUUAAUG